AAGAGGGAGUUACUGUAAGUCACUGGCCGAGGCGCUGAGGGGAGAAGGCACCGUGUACACGGUACAGCCAGAGAGUGAGGGAAAGGCAGAGACUGCAACAAGAGACUUCUGAGCCAGAGACACCCCAGUACCAGAGCUUGAUGACAGAGGCUGCUGGGGAGAAACCACUGGAGGAACAGAAACCAGCGAGGAUUUCAGCUCACGGAAUUUAUCAUUAAACUGCUGACUCAAGAGCCAGGUCUGUGCACUAUCCACAGAGAUAUACCGAGAAUGGAGAGGAAUGGCUGUCACUGAUUUAAGGAACUAGAGUUUGAAAGUCACAGUACAUUACAACACGUAAAGAAGCAAUCUGUACAUUGUAGAAUUAUGGGCUUUGCAACUGAAUUCAAUUGUCCAGAUGGACACGAUGCACUGCUGCGUCUGCAAGACUCUGAGCUGAAACUCAUGGAAUCUAUGAAAAAGUGGAUAAUGCAGCGAGCAAAGAGUGACAAAGAGUAUGCAUCACAACUUCACCAGAUGUUCACCCUAACUGAGAAACUGGAUCAGUCUCCAGUGCCUGGUCUGGCAGAAUACUCCAGCCAGCUGAGUCAGACCUGGUCCGCAAUGGUCACUCAGACAGAGAACCUGAGUCACAUCUUACGGAAUCACUCAGACAAUUUACAUUCUGGGCCCCUGCGGAAGCUAAGUGAUCUCAUUCUGGAAAAACAGAAGCUGAAAAAGUCGUAUGCUGAACAGUGGCAAAUUCUCAACCAGGAUUAUGUGAAGACCACACAACAGGAGAUAGAAAACAUAAAGACUCAGUAUCGGAGUAAAGUAAAAGAUACAUUACAAGCCAAGAGAAAGUACCAAGAGGCGAGUAAAGACAAGGAUCGUGACAAAGCUAAGGAGAGAUAUGUUAAGAACACCUGGAAGCUACACACACUCCACAACCAGUAUAUCUUGGCCGUCAAAGCUGCCAAACUGCACCACGGGCACCACUACAGUCUGAGCCUGCCCAGCUUACAUGACUCCAUGCAGAACCUCCAUGAGAAGAUGGUGCUUAUCCUCAAAGACAUUAUGCAAGAAUACUACAAAAUCACAAGUCUAGUGCAAGAAGAAGUGGCAGCUGUUCACCAGGACAUAAAUAAUGCCAUUUCAAGCAUCCAUCCUGCCAGAGAGUAUGACUACUUCAUCCACAUGAACAGGUCAACAGCGAGCAUUCCAGACAUGGCAACCUUUGAUACAAGUUUGCUGGAGGAGGCAGACAAUUUGGAGGAAGAUGAACUUCAGCUGAACGACUUGACAAUAGAGAAUGUACAACAUACAUUGACAUCGGUGGAAGAAGAACUUGCCACAUUCACAGAUUCGGUUAAUGUUAACCAAGAGGCAGUGACACAGCUCCAAACUGAGAUUGCGAUUGAGGAAAAGAAACAAGACCAGAUUAAUCUCUUGGCCAAAUAUCAGUCUCUUCAGGACGCCAUUUUGCAAUAUAACAUGUCUCUGUGUAAGAAGACAAAACUGCAGGGUCAGAGAGAUAUAUUAAACAAGAAGAUGAAUGAGAUUGGCUCAGGAGAUCCUCCUCCAGCUCUUCAGCUGCAGGACGACAAACAGUCUAUCACCUCGAUUGAUCGAGAAAGUGGUAUAAACCAGACUCUGGAAAAUAUAAAAAAUCACAUUUCUGGGAUUUUUCGACCCAAAUUUUCUCUUCCUCCCCUUUUACCACUAAUUUUAGAUGUCCAGAAGCCUCUCGGUCAACAGAACUGGUAUCAUGGCGCCAUUCCGCGGACUGAGGUCCUAGGUUUGUUAAUCAACAAUGGAGAUUUCCUUGUUCGCGAAAGCCAAGGGAAACAAGAAUAUGUGUUGUCUGUGCUGUGGGAUGGACAGCCGAGGCACUUCAUCAUUCAGUGUAUAGAUAAUCUGUAUAGAUUGGAAGGAGAAGCUUAUCCAACUAUUCCAAUGCUAAUUGAUCAUUUCAUGAAGACCAAGCAAGUGGUCACCAAGAAGAGUGGUGUUGUCCUGAACAAAGCCAUUGUAAAGGACAAAUGGGUAUUGGAGCACGAAGAAGUCAUCCUUGGAGAACGGAUUGGACGGGGGAAUUUUGGUGAAGUAUUCAGUGGACGUCUUCGUGCCGAUAACACUCCUGUUGCCGUUAAAACGUGUCGGGAAACUUUACCACCAGACUUGAAGGACAAGUUUCUGUCAGAGGCCAGGAUUCUGAAGCAAUAUAGUCAUCCUAACAUUGUCAAACUAAUUGGAGUCUGCACACAGAAACAUCCAAUUUACAUUGUCAUGGAGCUGGUACAGGGUGGAGACUUUUUGACAUUCUUGCGUAAUGACGGCCCGAGAAUUAAGACAAAGGAGCUUAUCAGGAUGUCGGAGAAUGCAGCUGCAGGAAUGGAGUACUUGGAAAGUAAACGUUGUAUUCACAGGGAUCUUGCUGCACGUAACUGUCUUGUGACUGAAAAAAAUUCCCUAAAGAUUAGUGACUUUGGUAUGUCAAGAGAAGAGGCCGAUGGAGUGUAUUCAUCCACUGGAGGAAUGAAACAGAUUCCUGUCAAGUGGACAGCGCCAGAAGCUCUCAACUAUGGUCGGUACAGCUCAGAAAGUGACGUCUGGAGCUUUGGAGUUUUACUGUGGGAAGCAUUCUCGCUUGGGGCAGUUCCAUAUUCCAGUAUGAACAACCAGCAAACCAGAGAAGCUAUAGAACAGGGUAUCCGCCUGCCUACCCCAGAUAUGUGCCCAGAUGAUAUUUACUCCCUGAUGCUGCAGUGUUGGGAAUUCGAGGCAAAAAAGCGUCCUAACUUCAUCGCCGUACAUCAGGCACUCGUCAGUAUCCGCAAGAGAUACCGUUAAUUCCUGGCAACAUUAACCUUCCGUGAACCAAGUGGAAAAAUAAUGCAAGCCGCAGUAAACCACCGUCACUACACAAACUGGCUACAUGAAUCGACAACUUGUGCGCACACCCCACCUAGUGCACCGAGGGCUAACAGGACACAUUACUGAAUCAUGCGUAUCAUCUUAUUAGCAGUUACUUAUUGGGACUUACUGUAUGGACCUACAGGAUACAGUGAAACAUAAAGUGUUCAUCUCACUCCACACUGAAAGUAAAAUAUUUUGUUGGACCUUUCUUUUUCUUCAUAAUAAUAAUUGAUAUGGUCAUCAUACAUGGCCCAGUUCAUCAUUACACAUUACAGAGAUUACCCACGCCAUCAUGUCAGGAUAUUAACAGGUUUAUUUUACGCAUCCUGUAUCAGGAUUAUUUUUGAGAAAUACAAAGGGUAAUUACAUACGAUGGUAAUAUAUAUAUAUAUAUAGAUAGAUAGAUAGAUAGAUAGAUAGAUAGAUAGAUAGAUAUACACAGCUAUGAAUCAAGCCUGUCAUGAUUAUCUGUAUUCUGUAUGUUCAUUGAAAAUUAAGAUACUUCUAGU